GACGUUUGAGAAGCUGGGGACGUUGGGGACGGCUUCAAAUUUGUUAGUAUAUCUGACGACUGUAUUCAACAUGAAGAGCGUGGCAGCUGCAAGUCUGCUGCAGAUCUUCAAUGGCACAACUAAUCUGGCUCCGAUAUUGGGAGCCUUCCUCUCCGAUACGUAUCUCGGCCGAUAUUAUACUCUCGCCUUCGCUUCCGUUUCUUCUCUACUGGGAAUGUUCAUCCUAACACUGACAGCUGCAUUCAAAAGGCUUCACCCAACACCCUGCAACAUCAAUGGGCAACAAUGCGAGGCUGCUUCGCCAAUUCAACUAUCGGUCCUACUCCUCUCAUUCCUAUUUCUCGUCAUCGGCGCCGGCGGAAUUCGUCCCUGCAACCUUGCCUUUGGUGCGGACCAAUUCGAUCCUCGGACCGAAUCGGGACGAAGAGGAAUAAACAGCUUCUUCAAUUGGUAUUAUUUCACCUUCACCAUAGCCAUGAUGAUAUCCUCCACCUUCAUCAUCUAUAUUCAGAGCAACAUAAGCUGGACUCUGGGGCUGGGCAUCCCAGCUGUGCUCAUGUUCUUCUCCUGUGCUUGCUUCUUCCUUGGGACUAAUCUCUAUGUGAGGGUGAAGCCGGAGGGCAGUCCUUUCACGAGUGUGGCUCGGGUUUUCGUCGCGGCUUAUCGGAAGCGAAAUUUGAAGAUUUCUGAUGACGAUCAAUCGAAGUCUCUCUUCGAUCCUCCUAUUGUUGGUAGUACAAUAAGAACCAAGCUUCCGCAUACUGAUCAAUUCAGAUGUCUAGACAAAGCUUCAAUCAUUGCAAGCCCUGAAGAAAUCAAACCAGCUGAUGACACAGGUUUGAAUCCAUGGAGACUCUGCAGCCUGCAACAUGUUGAAGAAGUAAAAUGCAUAAUCAGAAUUCUCCCAGUCUGGUCUGCAGCCAUGUUCUAUGGCAUCGGAGCAGGACAACAGGGAACCUAUGUGGUAUUCCAAGCCCUCCAAUCCGACCGGCACUUCGGCAACAGCAGCUUCCAGAUCCCCGCCGGCUCAUUCACCGUCUUCAACAUGCUCGCCCUCACCAUCUGGAUCCCCAUUUACGAUCGGAUCAUCGUCCCCCGGCUUCAACGGGUGACGAAAAUCGAGGGAGGGAUAACCCUACUUCAGAGAAUGGGGAUCGGAAUCUUCAUCUCCAUCAUCGCCUUGCUGGUGGCGGCCGUUGUGGAGGCGAAGAGGAGGAGCGCGGCGGUUCAAGAAUUCGCCGGCGGGAAAGCCGUGUCGUCGAUGUCGAGCCUCUGGUUGAUCCCUCAGCUCAUGCUCUUCGGGCUCUCGGAAGCUUUCGGCGCGAUCGGACAGGUGGAGUUCUACUACAAACAGUUCCCGGAGAACAUGAGGAGUGUGGCCGGAUCAUUUCUGUUUCUGGGGAUGGCAAUUUCGAGCUAUCUCUGCAGCUUGAUUGUGAUGGUUGUGCACAGAACGACGGGAGGGAAGGGGAAGGAGAAUUGGUUGGCGGGAGAUUUGAACAAGGGGAGAUUGGAUCUGUUCUACUACCUGACGGCAGCAAUGGCGGCUGCUAACUUAAUUUACUUCAUUGUUUGUGCUAAGUGGUACAGAUACAAGGACCAGAAAUCUGGAGCAGAUGGGAUCUCCAUGGAGAUGGCCAAAGCUUCUGAUGGAGCUUUGGUUUGAGAGAAUCCGGGCUGUUGAGUUGAGAUCAGAUGGUGGGAAAGAACGCUGAGAAAGUCGUGUAAAGAUGUUGUCAGAUUGGAUGAGGGCUUAUGAUUUUAGUGCCCUUUUAACGUUAGAAGAUCAUAUCAGCUAUAAAUUAUUACAUAAGCUUUUGU